UUUGUAUUCAUGGAUUCAUUUCAAGUCCAAAAGCAAUGUUUCAAUCAAUUUCAUUGAACAUUGUGCACACCGUGUUCGUGUUCAAAAUCAGGGCCACAUGAGUUUGUAUUUUUGAUUGCUUGUUGUUAAGGUAGCUCUUCAGCUCAUCGAACUGUGACGAAGCCGUUAGUUUAUCUUUGGGCUUCUAUCAGUGUGUUUUGCCGUCAUGCUGUCGGAAGAUUCAAGUUUCGAAGACGAAUCUGGUGAUGAACACGAUGGUUAUGAUCCUGUUUGUAGUCGACUAGUGGAUAAUGAAAAAGCAGUAUAUAAGCCUAGAUAUGUUCCUUCUGAAGCUGAUGAAGAUUCAGGCUCUGAUGAUCUAAGUGACGACCCGGGAAAUCACUUAUCUUACUCUCAUAAUCCUCCACAUUCUCCAGCUGGUUCUUUGAAUGAGUAUCCGAUCAUUAAACCUGAGCAGAAUCAGUUUGCGAAGGAUCCUGAUUACGAUAGAGAAUAUCACGUUGAACCUAUUGUAGAUAUCACUACCCCAGGUUAUGCUCCAAGUCAAGCUUUAAGUUCUCCUGGAUCCAGCCCUGCCUUAAGCUAUUCCGGAAGUGAGCAUGCAUCAGAUGCAAUUCUGACCAGGAAGGCUGAACCUGGUAUUUCUGAAGUUCACCAAAAAGCCGAACAUGAGAGCAACAGCUAUUCAGAGUCUGUAAGAGAAGACGACCAGGAAGAAUUUCAUCAACAGGAAGUGGAUAGAAUUUCUCAAGCGAAUUCUGAGGAAAAAUAUCCGACAAGCAAACAUAAUUCCCCUAUCGAGUCACACCAGUAUAAUCAGUUUCAUGACAUUUUUGAAGAUAAUGAUGAUGAUCAAGAUCAAGGUAAAUUCAAUGAAGACUUCGAAGGUUUUGAAAGAGAUGAACAACCAGAAUCUCAGGUAGAUGGUAUUAUAGCAGAUAUUUUUGGCGAAAGUGACGCAGAAGAAGAAUUUGAGGGCUUCGCCGAAAAUGAACUUGACAAAGGCAUUGAAGAGGAAGUUGAAGUUCAAACAACUAACGAGUUUGAAACAAACAAAGGUCCUCUUACCACAGCUGGAGGAAAUGAAGACGAUGAAGAGUCUGAACAUGAUGAUGAGUUCGUCUCCGACUUCGAUCGCAUUAUGGAGAAAAAGAAAGAAGAAUUACGACGAAGACGAAGGCGUAAUAGAGAUAUCGAGUUUCUUAAUGAUAGCGAUGAUCUGAUUGUCGAAACCAUUUCUCGAAUGAAAAGUGCUGCUGAUGAAGACAGACAGUUACUUACAGCUAGUCAGCCAGCAACUAAAAAACUGAACAUGCUCAAAGAAGUAUUAGCUCUUCUUAGACGAGCUGACCUGAAAUCUGCCUUAAUAGAAAAUGGGAUGCUAUCUGCUAUAACUGAAUGGUUGUCUCCUCUACCUGGCCAUACACUCCCAAAUCUCGUUAUUCGUGACUCUAUGUUGACUAGUCUCAGUGAGUUUCAGUCGUUGUCACCUGAAGUUCUUCAAGAAUCUGGUGUUGGGAAAGCCUUGAUGUAUUUGUACAAACACCCGAGAGAAACUCGGGAAAAUAAAGAUAGAGCUGGAAGACUUAUCAAUGAAUGGCUCAGACCUAUAUUCAACUUAACUAGCGAUUAUCGUACUCUCACUAAAGAAGAGCGUAAACAGCUGGAUUAUGAACAUUUACCUAAGCGGAGAAAUAUCGACAACGAGGCCUACAACCACCGUGAUAUCAAUCGUGAAUUGGAUGGUGAAGCAAAAGGACUUUUGAGACCUGGAGAUCCUGGAUGGGUUAAUCGGGCUCGAGUUCCUCAACCAUCAAACAAGGAUUACAUCGUUCGACCAAAAUGGCGUGUUCGAGAAAAUGCUACUGGAGAUGAUGAUGAUGACGACGAAGGAAAUAAUGAUCAGACAGAACAAUCUCAAUCACUUUCUCGAAAACCUCGAAAAUCACGAACAUCUGGUUUUGGAGCUACAUCACGAAUUGAAAGUCAUAUACGAAAUUUAAGUAAUAGUGCUCGUAAAAGUCACGCCAAAGCUGCUCGUGCAGUUCCAAUGAGUAUCGAAGGUCGUAAUAUGUCAUUAUGAUUAUUACUUAUCGCCAAAUGUCUUUGUUCCAUACUUAUUACCUUAAUCCCUUAAUUAUUUUGCAUCUUCUUGUACAGUACAUUUUGUGUUAUUUUUGUCUCUUCCUUAUGUCGUGAUGUAAAAUUUGAGCUAGUUUUUUUGUUGCUUGUACAUUAUACUACUAAAUAAGCUGGAAACACUGUAUUCAUUGUUUGUUUGCCUUUUUUUCAAAUAUUUUUCCAAUGUGAAUAUCAGAAAUAUUUUCCGUGUAAGAUUCAUGAAGUUUUUGUGUGUUAUGUCUUAACUUAUUGAGGCGCAUAUUUCGUAACAUACGAUAAUAAAAGAUUAGUCCUUUUUUUCAUGACUUUAAUUCUAUUUCAUCAUACAAUGAGACAUUGUUAUUUCUAAUUUGGGUUGUACGACAUUUAAAAAAAGUUUGUUUCUUUAAUUAUUGAUGAUAAUAUCACACAUGACACAGUUGUCAUUAUGUAUUAAAAAUAAACCAAAUCCAUUUAGAUAUGACAGUAAACAUUUUGGAAAUAACUUUAAUAGUUAUUGACACUCUGAUAGAAGACUAAGAUGAAACUUAUGUAUAAUUUUUUUAAUGAAUAACUAAAUUAAUACUGUUGUUUACAAACUACCAGUAGAUUAACAUGAUACUCUGAUCACGCAGCCAACGGUAGUGAGGUUCUUACUAUUUGGAUUUAAAAUACGUAUAAAGUAUAAAUGUUCAUUAAAUGGGCACGUAAUCAAUCGGAAAUUUUGC